AUUGAGAAGCGAGAUUUUGCCUUAUUUUGCGAAUGAAAUUAUUUUUAUUACACAUAUUUUUUUAAUUUGAGACGGUUUACUCACGUUUUAUUAAAUAAUUGGCAAGGUAUAGUUGACAGCGUAAGAAACAAGAUGACUUCUUCGAAGGACCGCGACGAGCAAGUGGUGUUAGCGCAUCAGUGUUACUUGAAAAAAGAUUAUGCAUCAGCGCUCCAACAUUUGAAUGAAUUGGAAGGUCUUGUUGGUACUGGUAACACACGUGUACAACAUAAUAAAGCUGUGGUUGAGUUCAUGGCGAGUGAUAUGAAAAAUUUGGACAAAUUAAAAAAGUCUAUAAGUGAACUAACAGGGCUAACUCUCCCUGACAUUGAUGUAAAAGACUUGUCUUCACCAUACUUAUUGUACAAUUACGCUAUCAUACUGUAUCAUUCUCGUUAUUACUACCAAUGCACUGUAAUAUUAGACAAACUUCUAUCAUCUAAAACAAUCAAGGAUGCUAAACUGUUACAACAAGUGGUACUGCUCAUGUUAGAAGCUACAUUGUGUCGCAGAACUUAUGAUAAAACCCUUGAAGUAGCAAAAAAUCAUGGAGAGCCUCUAAAAAGUAAUAAUGAAGUUAGUGAAUUGUUUGAAAGAUUAGUAAGUAGAGCUCAAAUUUCAAUAGGUCAAAAAGUAAAGCUUAAUCUGAAGCCUGACUCCAUAGAAAAUAUUUUCAUAAUUGCACAACAGCAAUAUUUAAAUGGGGAUGUUAAAGAAGCUUCUAACACUUUAGGACAGUACAAGUCUCUAAAAUACAAUUAUGAUCUGAAAUCUCAAGGAGAAGAUAUUUGGGCUGCUAUCAAUAAUAACUUAGGUGUAUUGUAUUUAUCAAUCAAAAAACCAUUUCUAGCAGCAAAGUAUUUUCAACAUGCUGUCAAAGAACAUUUUAAAGCUAUGGAUACUGAAGACAGUGAAAGGAUGAUUACAUGUAAAGAUCGUCCACUAUAUGUAUAUAAUUUAGGACUUGCUUUAUUAGCAGCUAAUAAUGCUGAAGGUGCUUUUGAAUGCCUAGUAGAAGCAGCACGUCAUUAUCCUAACAAUCCACGUAUUUGGUUACACUUAGCUGAAUGUUGUGUGAAAAAAUGUUGUAAUGAGGAAGCUCUACAAUAUACUGUGAAAAAAUUGGGCAGCGGCCCACAUACAAGGAUACUGUUGUCAAAAGAAAAUAAAGAAAAAUAUUCAACAUCAGGUGAAUCAUUUGCUAUACCAUCACUAUCUCUGGAAUUCGCAGCUUUAUGCCUAAGGAAUGCUGUGACUUUGCUUCCUACUCAAGAACCACCAUCAGAUGUGACCGUUCCACUUAUCCAAGCACCUCCUGGUCCACCUAUCAAUUGGAAACAAAGGUGUGAAUUGAAGAAUGCAACAUUAGUGCUGCAAACAUAUGUAUUACUUAAUUUACAGGAUCCUUUGUCGGCACUUGUGAGUGCAAAUGAAUUAUUAAGUCAGGUUGAGGUCUCAAGUAGCCAUAAGGCAUGGGCACACAUAUAUGCUGCGGAAGCAUUAAUAAACUUGGAUAGAGUUUCAGAUGCUGUGGAACAUUUGAACCCACCAAUGAUUCAUAACCUUGUGUCAGUGAUGCCAUAUCAAUUGAGAGAUAUGAUUGCAGUCUCAGUAUGGGCUAAAGCUGCAGUGUGUCACAUUUUGAGAAGAGAUCUUAUUACAGCUAGAAAGAUUCUAAUGCAAAUCAAUUCCCCACGUGUUUUGCCAUUGCAAAUGUAUCUUGAAAUAUGUACUGGAAAUAUAGAAAAUUGCCAUACUAUUUUGCGAAAGUUACGUCUUUCGAGUUCCCAAUAA